GCUCACACUUUAUCUUUACUCCAUUUUUCAUUGAUCUGUACAAGACAUUCACUUUUUUUUUUUUUACCAUUCCUCAUUGUGACAAGACAUUGCAUGACUUUACGUUCAGCAACAGAUAGACUGGGCACUCACGUGUACGAUCAACAACCAUCCCUUUCCAAAUCUGCAGCAUCCCAUGCAACCAAGAACCGACCCGACUCAACCGACAAAGAUCGAUUCAUUGAAUUAGCACAAGCAGCUCUAGAGGAAGCGCAUCUAGAAGAAGAGCGCAAAGGAGUGCUUCAGGAAGUCAUGGAAGCCCUCGUUUCAAAAACAGGUGCCCCCCUCGUCGCCGAUGUGAUUUCUCAACAGCUUCAUUCCCAGGAUGUGAUUGAACGACUUUGUGAAAUUCAUCAACAACAGCGAGACCAACUGAAUCAAUCUCCCUACCUCCAGCAGCAACAACAACAACAACAAAGUGCUAAACCCAAGAAGAAUAAACAUGAUUUGCAUAAAAAUGAUACCCAAUACCCACAUUCCUCUCUAAAAGACGAAACGACAGCGAUAUCCACAUCCUACAAGAACAACAAGCACAUGGCAAAAAGACACACCCCCUCUUCUCCACCUUUGCCCCGUAUGUUACGCGCGGAAUCUGUCGAAAGUAUGAAAGCACCCGAUGACGAGCUCUAUGAAAGUAAAACCGAUGAAAGCUGCUACUACAACGUCUAUGAUGAUGAUGAAUCUCCUUUGAAAUUGUUGUUCAUGUUGCAUCCUCAUUAUCGAACAAAAGAAAAUACGGCCUAUGUGUUUGCGGAAUACCUUUGGCGUUUAUUUAGAUUAUUAUUGUUAGCAAGUUUAGUAGGACUGGUAUGCCAUUUCUUACAUAGUACUUCGUAAACUCAGUACCCCAGCAAAGGUCUGUCUAUUCCAUUUGGUAUAUAUAGACAUGUAUACCUCUUUGGCGGUUUUUUUUUUUUUUUUU